CAGUUCCCGUGCUGCAUUGCGAGGGGGGCGGAGGUAGCGCCCAUGUGCGCAUGCAGAAUAUCCAGCGUGAACUGAAGCGACGAUAACUUGUCAAUAAUAACCCGCUGGUCCACCGUGUCGGUCGGCGUGUGUGGGUCUGUCCCGUCGGUGAACAUGGAGGACGACGCUCUGCUGGUGCUGAUCUACGAGCACCUGAAGGUGAACGGAUUCAAGAAAGCGGCCAAAGUGCUGGAGAAACGCGUUUCUCAGGUGGAAACGCCGGAGCAGAGCUCCAACCUGCACGAUAUCUACACCGGCUGGGUGAAACUUUGCUCUUUAGCCCAAGAUGCUAAACAGGAGACAGAAGACUCGACCACUGUGAAGAAGAAGAGCAUUAAAGCAGAACCUGCCACCAGCGAAGAGGAAGAGGGCGCGGACGCUAAACUCUCCGACGUCGCAGAGGAAAAUAAUGUUGACUCAAAGCCUCCACCUGCGCCCCUGUCAAAUGGCGUGGAGUGGUCCGCCUCAGAGGGGAACGACGCCGAGAAGCUGCCGGACGAUGAAGAGGAGGAAAAAACAAAAGAAGGAGAGUCGGCUCCAGUUGAAACAUGUGUGGAGGCGACUAACGGCUCCUCUGAGUGUGAGGAAGCGGCCGAAUCCCCCGAAGCUGCCUGUGAUCAGACGGAGGAUGGACCUCAGGCCUCGGGCUCAGCAGGCGAGAGCGUAGCGGAGCACGUGGAGGACGAGGAUGAGGCGAAGCAGGAGUCAGAAGCAGCAACGGAAGCCACGGAUGAAACCCCUGCAUCAGAGCAGACAGCUGUCAGUCAAACGGAGGCCACACCUCCCUGCACUCAGGAGGAAGAGGAGGAGGAAGAAGACGUCUCCGUAAAGGCGUCCGGCGAGGCCGAGCCCACCAGCUCUGACCCGGCACCCGAGGAAACCAAUGACCAGCCGGCCGAGAGUGAAGCCCCGCCCCCUGCAGAAACUGAGAGCGACGCUGAAAAUCCAAAAGAGGACGAGACCGUAGAGGACGUGACCGUAGAGGACGAGACCGUAGAGGACAAGGGCAGCGACCUCACAUCCAACCUGAAGCCCGAGAACGAGACGGAGACGUCAGCAGGUCCCAGUGACGGAGGUGACACCGCAGAACUUCCUGUUGCUGAAGCCGCAGCAGACGACUGCAUCAUCCUCAACAUUCAGGUCGAAGACGGUGAAGCAGCCGAGCGAGAAACGGGCCAAGACGCAAAAACUCCCAAGAAAAAGAAAAAGAGCAAGAAAGACCCAGAAACAGUGAACACAGACACAUCCACCACCGAGACGGUCAGCGACACUCCCCUCCCCAAGUCUGCCAAAAAGAAAAAGCAAAACAAAGAGAAAAAGGAGGAAGAGGAGGAGAAGCCAGAGGAGGUGGAGGAGGAUCAGAUGAAAGAAGAGGAGAAGCCAGAGGAGGUGGAGGAGGCGCCUCAGGUAACUCCAUCUAUGAAGAAGAAGGCUAAGAAGAGGAAAAGGGAGAAAGAUGAAGCGGAGGAGGAAAGUGAGGAAACUCCCGUCGCUCCUUUGGAAAACAAAACGACAAAGAAAAAGAAGAUGGUAAAAGAGGUGGAGGUGGAGGAGGGAGGAGAAGAGGUGGAGAAUCCUGUGAGUCCAGCAGAAACAACUGAGAAGAAGAAGAAGAAGAAAAAGAGGAAAAAGGCGGUGCAGGGUGAGGAAUCAGCAGCAGGGGGCGACAAAGACUCAGAAAAGGAACUGGAUACAACAGCUGAUGGAAACUCGUCUCUGCUGUCGUCCACAAAAAAGAAACAGCGGCUCAGGAAGAAACUGAGUCUGAAGAAGAGGCUGAGGCUGCACAGGAAAGAGGAGAAGAUGAGCAAGAAGAAGAAGAAGAAGAGCAGCAGCGUCUCUCCAGCGCAGACCGAGACCACACACGAGAAGAAACAGAUCCAGGAGUCAGUGGAGGAGACACCUCAAAGAAAACCAACCAAAAAACCCAAACGUGCUCCUCCUCAGGACCACAGCACCCCGAGGAAGAACGCUGAGCAGGAAGAGAACUCCUCAAAGGAAAACAAACCUCCGAAGAAGAAGAAGAAGAGAUCGGUGGAGGAGGCGGAUGAAAGCGGCGUGGUGAUCGACCUGAGUCUCGACUCGUCUCUGUGCUCCAUCGAAGGGGAGAAGAAGAAGAAGAAAAGGAAGAAGCUGGAGGCCGAUAAAGUCGAGGAAACAACGGGAAAUUCAACUCCUGCAAAGAAAAAGAAGAAGAACGGACUGAAGCAGAAGCUCGAGGAGACGGAAGCUUCUCCGGACACGUUCACUGCUGCAGCUGCUUCCACAAAGAAAAAGAAAUCCACCAAAAAGAAGCUCACCGCUGAUUAACUCCGGUGAAUUCUCCGAUGUGAGCGGAGAAGAGGACGAGUGCGUCUUGGACCUGAAAGACAAUCUGCAUCACGUCGGUGCCUUUACUCCUGAUUCUUCAUUUGUUUUGCUCCAAAACUGUGAAACUACACAAACUCCCGUGAACCUUCGAUCUGUGCCGCAUGAGGUCAACACGCAUAAUAAUGAGAUUUGAAACGCAGCCCGACUCAAACUACCUUCAGCAGAUGUUUGUAUUAUUGAAGUAACUCGUGAUUCCACACAGAAUUGCAUCUGGACUUUCUCUGGAGUUUGUGAACGACGCAGCAGGAGAUUCUCCGACGCGUUCACAGCAACACGGACAUUCGGGGGAGGGGAGGAGCUGCAGCGGAGAUCAUGUGUUCUUGUGUACGGCACUGCUACAUUCGGUUUCUUUUACGUUUUGUUUGUUUUUUACGUAUGUUACAUGUUAGAAAUGUCGCUCGCUUGACGUGAGUCGUGCGGAGAAUCUCCUGCUGUGUUCUCACAUCGGCUCCUUCAGAUAUUCUGGCCAGAGAAAGUCUCUCACUCGUUGUUUGAAUCUGCUUCUCUCGGCCACACGAUGAAUAACUCAACCUGCUGCUGCUUUUCUGUCGUGAUGAGCUUUUCAUUGUUAGCAGCGUUUCGGGAACAAGCUGUGAAACUCUAGGAUUAAGACCAGUAGAUAUUUUUUCUGUAGUGAUAAAGUUAGUUUCAUUGUGACACUAAACUUCCGUUACAUUUGUUUUUCAGUCAAAAAAAAGCUGUGACAGUUCUUUUUGUUUACACUCUCGUUGUUUUCACUUCCUGUGUGAACUCUUAACUAUGCACCCGAUGACAUGCUGUUUUUAGAAGUGUUAUAUUUACAAGUUUAACGACUCAGAUAUUUGUUUUCUCCUCCUGAUUAACAUGUUUUGUUCUGUUUGAGCUGUAAAAGUCGACUUCCUACAUCUGACUUAUACUAAAAAAUAAAGAGGUGUCAAACAAAGCCAACUGACGACUGUGACAUCUUUUAAAAAACUUACUGUACGUAACAGAUUAAAACUUGUUAAUGUCCCUGGGAUUAGAUUUUGGAAGGUCAAAGUCACAAUGACCUCACAAAACAAAUUUUUUUUGUUUGUGUUCUAGUUUGAUCUCUUUUUUAAUGAUUCAGGACUAUUGAAAUAAAUGUAAUGUCUGAAAUACCCUGAUAACAAUGUGUAGCUGAGUGGGAGUCAGAACUGUUUGUGUACUUUUUUAACAAUGAAAUAAACCGAGUUAUGUGUAAAUUCAG